UAGAUAAUAUAGAUAGCGAGCACAUGUUAGUUCGCACCUCCGUGAUGCUUAUAUAUAAUAAUAUUUAUGGUGAUGACGAGGGUUGACUGAUGAAGUUUAGUGAUGAAUGAAUCUUGCUCUGAGUCUUAAGUGUUGACGGUGUAGAUUUAAGGACAGUCGAUGUUAUGAAAACUAAUUAAAAUGGAUAACCAAUGUAUUCAAUUCCAACACAGUACAAAGAAUAAACUUUUCAAUACUAAAAAGAGGCCUCUACAAUAUGAAGAAUGUUACAAACACAAAAAAAUUAAAUCACAAGAAAUUAACUAUAAAUCAGAUGUUGAUAUUGUUACAUUAUUUAAAUUAGAGUUGGAAAGAAUUUUAAUAAAUUCUAAUGUAUUAAACACAACUAUAACAGACAUCCUACCUUAUGGAUCAAGAAUUUCAGGUCUUAACAUUACUGACAGCGAUGUUGACUUUAAUAUAAGCUAUGUUUCAAAAACACCAGCCAAAAAAGUGAUAAAAUCAUUUGCUAAUAAACUUCGUCAAAGUCAAGUAUUUAUUAAGGUUUUUCCUUUAAUCUGUGCUAAAAUACCUAUUAUAAAAUGCACUCAUAAAAAUACAGGUAUUAAUUGUGAUAUAUCGUUUAAUAAUAUCAGUGCAGUUCAUAACUCUCAUCUUCUCAAUCACAUUUUAAGUAUAGACUGUCGUAUUAAACCAGUUUUAAUGAAGUUAAAGAUAUGGGCUAAAAAUAUUGGACUUAUUAAUACAAAUGGAUUUUCUAGUUACUCAUUCUAUUGGCUUGGAUUAUUCAUCAUGCAAGUCUUAGGAUUAUUGCCAGCUAUUCGUGAUCUACAAAAAUCUGUUCCAGAAAUUCUUGUUGAUCAAUGGAAUUGUGCAUUUUCCAAAAAACUACAAGAAUAUAUUAUUAACAAACAAGAAACUCUAAGUGAAAGUGAAAUAUUAAAUUUUUUCUAUAAAUAUUAUUCAAAUUUUGAUUUUAAUAAAUUUGUGAUAAGUCCAUACACUGGUUAUCCAUUACUUAAAAAGGAUUUUGAAAAUAUAGAACAACUUCCAGAUGAACUAUGGAGGUAUAAACAAUUUCAUAAAGAAAAUAAGGAAUGCCAGAAAUUAUUAUUUUUGGGUUCUUGUCAAUUUAAAAUGUACACUCAAGAUCCAUUUCAACAUAAUGUAAAUAUUACAGCAAGAGUGACUCCUAAAAUAUUUGAAAAAUUUAUUAAUGCUUGUGUAGAAUUAAAAACUAUACAGAAAGCAAAAAACAACACAAGUUUAGAUUUAACUUUAACUUCACAGAGAUAAAAUAACUAUACUACAUUUAUAUUAUUGUAUUAUAAGCAUUUGUUAAUGCUUAAAAUAAUUUGUGUUAUUUUAAACAAAUAUUUUUUAAUAAAUUGAUGACUCUUCUAAAUUAAUUUUUCAAUGUAAAUAUCUAUAAAACCAUAAGUUGAAAAAAUUUUUUUUAUUUUAGUUUAUUUAUAAAUAUUAAAUAAAUUAAAAUUGAAUCACUAUUAUUUGUAUUCAACUAAGAUCUAUUUUAAUUCUAUAUAUUUAAUUUGUAGUUCUGAGAUUCCUCACCUAAGUUAAAUGUUUUCAAGUAUAAAAAUAUUUUCAAGUAUUUAAAUUUCCACAAUUAUUUGUAAUGAGUACAAAGAUUAUAAAUAUUAAUUUAAAAGUUAAUGUUUUAUUAUGCAAAAGAAAACAAUAUAUUCAAAUUAUAAAUGUAAUUCAAAUUUGUAAGCAUACCAUGGAUAAUUAAAUUGUGAAGCUUGGUAUGUAAGUUUUUUUUCGUGUACCAUUCAAAAUAAUUUGUUAUUUGUUAAACCUUUAGUGUUUAGUAAUCUUUAUCUAUUAGGUAUUGUAUGGUUCACCUGUAUAACAUAAAGAUGAAUAAAUAACAAUUCAUCAUUAAGUAAACAAUGAUUAAAUAUUUAAAUUGUUAUAAAUAAAAAGUAUAACUCAAUAAGAAUUGAGAAAAAAAUA